AUGUCGCCUGUUAACCUCAUAGUACCACACUUCGAUAAUCGGGCCCGGAUUCCACUGAUAGCGUGGUGGUUGGACCAGCCAGAGUCAACAGUACCGCACAUAACAACACCACUAAAUCCUCAUCCUUACAUCAUCCCCGGAUUGUGGCUAGUGUCAGUCACCACGCUCGUGCUAUUCUUUGCGAGUGGCUUAUACUCGGAGAAAAUUUCCUAUGCCAAUAGAUAUGUUCCGCAGGCCAACCGUGCUUUGCGAAAUUUCAACCUUCACCUCAACGUCCGGACUCAAACCAUCAGUCCUCCGGCUCCUUUAAAAUAUCUUUUCCCUCGUCCAACAACUGCAACCUCCCCAACCACAGCCCAACAGCUCCGCAAAGGGGUGAUCAAGAAGGCACAACUAAACCCCAUUCCGCCGACAAAUAACCCUAGAGGAGAAUUGAUCUUCAGCAACAGGGUGGACCGCUCUUUCCGCGAGGCGUAUGAAAGGUAUCGCUCGGUAUGGGAAAGGAAGCGCGAAGAACACCUUGCAGCGAAUCGCCGGUCUUGGUUUGGUUGGUUGUGGUUCAUAAGCAACAAACCAAUUCCAGUUGGUCCCCCAGGAAAGGACAGGGGCGAACUACACCCACCCCCGGGUCAUCCCGUACACCAUCCCGUCGAUCGUCUCCCGCCGGAGGAGUACGGAAAAAUCGCACUCGAACCCCAGAACUCCCAAGUUCGCCGCUCGCACAAACGGAAUCCGGCGGCCGUACAUCACGCCUAA